AUGCCACAAAGCUAUGCCGAUCCGGAAUGUGGGAGCGAGCGCACGGAGAGAGGCGCCUCGGGAGGUGCGCUCGCUGUGAAAGCGGAUCGUGGGAGCGAGCGCACGGAGAGAGGCGCCUCGGGAGGUGCGCUCGCUGUGAAUGCGGAUUGUGGGAGCUUGCGCACGGAGAGAGGCGCCUCGGGAGGUGCGCUCGCUGUGAAUGCGGAUCGUGGGAGCGAGCGCACGGAGAGAGGCGCCUUGGGAGGUGCGCUCGCUGUGAAUGCGGAUCGUGGGAGCGAGCGCACGGAAAGAGGCGCCUCGGGAGGUGCGCUCGCUGUGAAAGCGGAUCGUGGGAGCGAGCGCACGGAGAGAGGCGCCUUGGGAGGUGUGCUCGCUGUGAAUGCGGAUCGUGGGAGCGAGCGCACGGAGAGAGGCGCCUCGGGAGGUGCGCUCGCUGUGAAAGCGGAUCGUGGGAGCGAGCGCACGGAGAGAGGCGCCUCGGGAGGUGCGCUCGCUGUGAAUGCGGAUUGUGGGACCUUGCGCACGGAGAGAGGCGCCUCGGGAGGUGCGCUCGCUGUGAAUGCGGAUCGUGGGAGCGAGCGCACAGAGAGAGGCGCCUUGGGAGGUGCGCUCGCUGUGAAAGCAGAUCGUGGGAGCGAGCGCACGGAGAGAGGCGCCUUGGGAGGUGCGCUCGCUGUGAAUGCGGAUCGUGGGAGCGAGCGCACGGAGAGAGGCGCCUCGGGAGGUGCGCUCGCUGUGAAAGCGGAUCGUGGGAGCGAGCGCACGGAGAGAGGCGCCUCGGGAGGUGCGCUCGCUGUGAAAGCGGAUCGUGGGAGCGAGCGCACGGAGAGAGGCGCCUCGGGAGGUGCGCUCGCUGUGAAUGCGGAUUGUGGGAGCUUGCGCACGGAGAGAGGCGCCUCGGGAGGUGCGCUCGCUGUGAAUGCGGAUCGUGGGAGCGAGCGCACGGAGAGAGGCGCCUUGGGAGCCCUCCUGUGUUCUGCACUCCCGUACUCUGCCCUCUCGUGCUGUGCCCACCAUUGCUAUGCCCUCAUGUGCUUUGCCGAGCCGGUGCUAUGA